AGUCGAAACUAAAGGUUGACGCUGACACGUCUCUGGCGUUAUCCAGCCAUACUAACUAUAACAAGUGAUGUUAUUAUAAAGAUAACCUCAGGGUAAUAUAAUGAAACGCCUCAGAUAUUAACAGUAACGCGACGCUAAGCCGCUUAAAGACUCUGGAUGGAAAUAGAAGCACUCGAAGAUCCGCGCUGCGAACCUGACGGAAAACUUUCGCGUCGAAGAGCGAAGAAUGAACAGCGAUGCUCUUAGAGCUCACUGUGAGCGUCUUCCCCUGCUUUACGAAUAGAACACAACGGGACGCAGCUCCAAAGCGGAACUUUGUCGGAGUUUUGAGAAACGCGCAGAUCAUGGCAAAGAAGAAGCGGGUUUCGCCGGUCAGUUUUAUCAAGGGAUGCCCAGAUGACAGGUUGUUAUAGAGGCAGACAUGCCAGCCAACCUCACCGCCUCCAGCCACGGCACGAACUACAACUUCCCAGCGCUCAUCUUCGGGGUAUUACUGAUCAUUAUCAUCAUCUGCGGGAACGUGCUGGUGUGUCUGAGCGUCUACACGGAGAAAGCGCUGAAAACCACAACCAACUACUUCAUAGUCAGCUUGGCUGUUGCGGAUUUGUUGCUGGCUGUUCUGGUCUUACCGCUGUUCGUGUACGCAGAGUUCCAGGAUGGGGUUUGGUCCCUCAAUAUGACCCUAUGUGAUGGACUGAUGACCAUGGAUGUCAUGCUCUGCACCGCCUCUAUAUUUAACCUCUGCGCCAUCAGCAUAGACAGGUUCAUCGCAGUCUCCAUCCCUCUUAAUUACAACCGCAAACACGUGGAUCAGCGACAGAUUGUCCUGCUUUCUGCCACAUGGAUCCUGGCCUUGGCCGUGGCCUCCCCCGUGAUGUUCGGAAUCAACAACGUCCCCAACCGGGACCACAGCGAAUGCAAGCUGGAGGACAACAACUACGUGGUGUAUUCCUCCGUCUGUUCGUUUUUCGUGCCGUGCCCCAUCAUGCUUUUGCUGUACUGCGGGAUGUUCCGGGGCCUGAGGAACUGGGAGGAGGCGCGGAAGGCCAAGCUGAGGAGCAGCAUGCAGGCCUGCAGAAAGCUUCAGGAGGCCGCCGCGUCCCUGCAGCCGCUGUCUGGCCUGCCGCCCCCUCUGCCGCCUGUGAUCAUGAAAGAUCUGACUGACAUUACCUUAGAGGAGCUGGAGCAGGACCCUGACAGCCCGGAUCCCGUGUCCAUGCUCGCCUACCCCGGUGGGAGCUACCAUGAACAUCGAAACCAGAACCAGCAAAGGAAGAGGGCGAAAAUUAAUGGGAGGGAAAGGAAAGCAAUGAGGGUGCUUCCUGUUGUAGUAGGUACCUUCCUGUUCUGCUGGACGCCAUUCUUCGUAGUGCACACCAUGAGGGCCCUCUGCGAAGACUGCUACAUCCCCAGCAGUGUCACUAGCAUCGUGACCUGGUUAGGCUACGUCAACAGUGCCCUCAACCCCGUCAUCUACACAGUCUUCAACACAGAGUUCAGGAAGUUCUUCCGGAAGUUCCUGCCGACUCUGCCCAACUGCUGCUAGCCGGAACACACUCUCUGCUAACAGUUUACGAACAAAACAUACCCAAAAGUAUAAAUAAACCAGACAAAUAAUGCUUACAUGUAAAUACAGCAUGUUUUAUGAAACAAAAAUGAAAGUAUGGUUAUAAUGUACUAAGAUGUUUGCUGCCAUUAUGUUUUUACUUCAUGGUUUAAUUUCGUAUGUUUACAUUUUGAGAGCUGACAUCAAACGGCCUCAUUCAUGAAAAGCAAGCAGAACGAAUUUGCAUAAAACGUUCAUAAAAUCAUUCUUUUGUAAACUGUCAUUUCAUGAAAUUCAUACAGAACUAAUUUGUGUAAAUUAAUCUUAAAAUCAUGUUUACACAGGCAGAAUGAAUUUUCGAUUCAGUUUAUUUUUUCUGUUAAUUGUUCGUAAAACAUUUUUACUUAAAGGGGUCAUAUGAU